AUGAAGACUGCUUUAAUUUUGCUCAGCAUUUUGGGAAUGGCUUGUGCUUUCUCAAUGAAGAAUUUCCACCGGAGAGUCAAAGCUGAAGACUCUGAAGAGAACGGGGUGUUUAAGUACCGGCCGCGCUAUUUUCUUUACAAACAUGCCUACUUCUAUCCUCCUCUAAAGCGCCUUCCAGCCCAGGGAGGCAGUGACUCUUCUGAAGAAAAUGGAGAUGGAGAUAGUUCGGACGAGGAAGGGGAAGAGGAGGAGAAUUCAAAUGAAGAGGAGAACAAUGAAGGUUCUGAGGGGAAUGAAGAGGAGGAGGCAGAGGCCGAGAACGCCACCCUCUCUAGUGUAACUCCACUCUAUGGAACCGAGGCCACACCUCAAGCAGAGACUAUAGGACUGGCUGCGCUCCAGCUGCCCAAGAAGGCUGGAGACACAGAAAGCAAGGUUGCAAAAAAGAAGGAAAGUGAUGAAGAAGAAGAAGAGGAGGAGGAAGAGGAGGAAAAUGAAAACGAGGAGGCAGAAGUUGAAGAAAACGAGCAGGUGGUCAACGGCACCAGCACAAACUCCACGGAGGUGUACGGUGGCAACAGCACUAGCGGAGGGAUCAAUGGAGAAGAAGGUCAGGGACAAAGCGUCACCGAAGCGGGUGUGGAAGGAGCCACAACGGGCAGGGAGCCAAUCAGUGAUGGCCCCACGACUGUUGUCCUUCCGAAGGCGCUUCAGCGUACGACCCCACCACCCCAAGCCUACGGGACCUCUUCCCCACCACUCAGUAAAACCACAGCUGAGUAUUGGGGAGAAUAUGAACAAACAGGCGUCAGUGAGAAUGACAGUGACUAUCAAGUCUACGACAAUGAGAAUGGGGAGCCUCGCGGGGACAAUUACCGGGCCUAUGAGGAUGAAUACAGCUACUACAAGGGGCGUGGCUAUGAAGGCUAUGAUGGUCAAAAUUAUUACUACCAUCAGUGA